UCGACAACAGAGAUCAUAUUCCUCCUAAUAAAAACACCUUUCAUUUCUAACAACACAAAAUCAUAACAACACUUGUGAUUACUAUAUUUUAAGUGUUUCUUUACUUUCUUUCUCAGAGACCAUAAGAAAGUGAACAUGGUAAAAACAAAUGUGGAGAAACCUGCGGCGGAACGAAGUGAUUCAUUGUUCCGAGGAGUGAGGAAGAGGAAGUGGGGAAAAUAUGUGUCGGAAAUUAGAUUACCAAACAGCCGUGAAAGAAUAUGGUUAGGCUCUUAUGAUUCUGCUGAAAAAGCGGCGCGUGCAUUUGACGCCGCUACGUUCUGCUUACGUGGCAGUGGUGCCAAGUUCAAUUUCCCAAAUAAUCCACCGCAUAUUGCCGGAGGAAGUUCCAUGACCCAUUCUGAGAUUCAAGCAGCCGCCGCCCGUUUUGCGAAUUCCGAGCCGUAUAAUGAAUAUUCGGGUCAACCGGAUAAUACUCCUGAUGAAACACCAUCUUCGUCGGUGGGGACACCAAUCACACCGUUGUUGCCUAUGGAGUUGCCAUCUCCUGCUCUUUCUGAGGCGACAGUUCAAACAGAGAGUGACUUAACAGACCACGGAUUGUUUAGGGAUAUAUCGGAUAACGAGAUGUUUAGAGAUUUGUUUUCAGACACUGGAUCGGGUUACACAAUGUUUCCAGGUUUUGAUGAUCUUUGUGGCGACUUCUACGUGCCGGAGUUUACAAAUUUUGAUUAUGAACAAGAGAACAUGGACGAGUUGAUAAUUCACGAUUCCUUUUUAUGGAGUUUCUAAAUAAUUUCAUGGAGUUUCUACGCGGCAGUGCUGCAUGGAUUUUUACCCAGAUUCAAAACCGGGUUAGGGUGGGUCAGUUUUUUUUAUUUUUUUUAUCAUGUGCUUCACAAAUUUCUUUGUCAAAUUUUUGCCGAGACAAUUCGGUUUUGAUUUUUGUGGAAUGUAAAGUGGUCUAAUGAUGUAAAUUUUCCCCCUCGCAUAGUACCUUAGGUUCAACCGCAGUUAAAUAGGAUGAUAAAUAAAUAUUUUAUGGCUUAUUUGAAUGUAUUGUGAUAAGGAGUGCAUGCAUGUUGUUGAUUUUAGAUGUCCAUAUAACAAAACUCAUAUUAAUACAAAUACAAUUUUUCAUGUCAAAUUCACAUCAAAUAUAUCUUUCUCCCAAAUCAAUGGGAUCUAGGAUAAGAACAGAAUUGUGUGGUGAUUUCUAACUUCUGGGACUUUUGUUUGAUC